AGACAUUGAAUCCUCAAAGUAGACUGUUCCGAGAAGGGUGACUUGUGGGAUAGUUUGUUCUCCCACCAAAGGAGCCGUCAGACUCGAAAAAUGACAGAAGAGAUAGAUAAGCACGUCCUUCGCAAGUACGAGAUAGUUUCCAAACUUGGAAAGGGGGCAUACGGUAUCGUUUGGAAGGCCAUCGAUAAGAAAACCCGUGAAGUCGUUGCACUCAAGAAGGUCUUCGAUGCUUUCCAAAACGCAACAGACGCUCAACGUACAUUCCGAGAAAUCAUGUUCUUACAGGAGCUCAAUAACCAUGAGAACAUCAUCAAGCUGUGGAAUGUGUUGAAAGCAGACAAUGACAGGGAUAUCUACCUAGUCUUCGAGUUCAUGGACACAGAUCUUCAUGCAGUCAUUCGCGCCAAUAUCCUCGAAGAAGUCCACAAGCAGUACAUCAUGUACCAAUUGCUCAAGGCUCUCAAGUACAUGCACACCGCUGGGAUGCUUCAUCGUGAUAUGAAGCCGAGCAACAUGCUCUUGAACAGCGAUUGUCUUGUCAAAGUUUGCGACUUUGGUUUAGCGAGAUCCAUUGCGGCUCUGUCUAACAACAGUGUGUCAAACCCAGUGUUGACAGACUACGUUGCGACUCGUUGGUAUCGAGCUCCUGAAAUUUUGCUGGGGAGCACGAAAUAUACAAAGGGGGUAGACAUUUGGUCCAUUGGAUGUAUCCUCGGUGAGAUGCUGGGAGGAAAACCUACUUUCCCUGGAACGUCCACAAUGAACCAAUUAGAUCGCAUUAUCGAGGUCACUGGAAGGCCUUCUGCUGAGGACAUUGAGUCCAUCCGUUCCCCUUUCGCUGCUAACAUGUUGGAGUCACUUCCUCCUUCAAAGCCACGAUUCCUCUCGGACAUGUUUCCUAACGCUCCUCCUGAUGCUCUGGACCUCUUGCGGAGAUGUCUCAAGUUUAACCCCAACAAGAGAAUAACUGCUGAAGAGGCAUUGAGCCAUCCAUACGUCGCUCAAUUUCACAACGAGGCUGAGGAGCCUAUUUACCCUACUCCACCCAUUCGCAUCGCCCUCGACGACAAUACCAAGUUCUCCGUGUCAGAAUAUCGGGACAGACUGUACAAAGAAAUAGUUCGGAAAAAGAAGGAAAUCCGCCGAAGGCUUCGAUGAUUUAAGGGUCUCUUGCUAGAACAUCAGCUCAAUUUGGCGACGGAGAAAAUCUCAACUUGUUCUCUGGGAUUCAUUAUUACUAAUGCGUGGAACGGGUGGUUAAAGCUCAUUGAUUC